AUGGGUAAUUCCAUGUCUUGAAUAAUCAUAUCAGAAAUUGAACAAAAAUGUGUUUCAGGAAUACAUUAAACAAAAAAAAAAAAAAAAAAAAAAAAUGUUGAUCUACACACUGAGACUGUACACUGGAGACCGGGCUUAUGCCGAAACCUCCAACACCAUCCAUGUUCGUCUCCUCGGGACUAAAGGAGAGAGUAAGGAAAUUAAAGUGUGUGGCCGUACUCUUCACCACAACGACGUGCCUCCAUGCUUUAUCCAUUGUCAUGCUUCACUGGGGGACCUGGUCACGGUGGAGGUGCGCUCCGACUGCUGGAUCUUUGAUGACCAGUGGUUCUGUGACAAGAUCACUGUUAAGACCCCAGAGAAUGAAGAGCUUCUGUUCCCGUGUUACUGCUGGCUUAGCACCAAGGAAGGGUUGUCUUUAAGACCUGCUUCAGGGAAAUUGCCAUUCCAGGAUACUCACCCAAUAGCCUAUAAACAGAGGCAGAAAGAGCUGGAGGAGGCUCAUGAGAUCUUCAGAUGGCGUGUAUACGCUGAAGGUUUGCCUCAGACAGUCGCUGCUGACUCAUUCUGCGACCUUCCUGCAGAGGUCCAGUUCUCAGUCAUGAAAGCUGUUGAGUUUUUCACCACAGCACUCAUCGAAUUGUGUGCAUUGGGGUUAAAAGAGUAUGCGGAUUCUACCAAACCAUGGAGAAGCUUUAGCGAGAUGGAAAAAACAAUAUCGGAAUCCUUUUCACCAAGCCAAACCUACGAAUAUGUCCAGAAGCACUGGAAAGAGGAUCAAUUCUUUGGCUACCAGCUGCUGAAUGGCCUCAACCCCAUGAUGAUCCAGCGCUGCUCAAAGCUGCCCGAGAACUUCCCCGUCUCAGAGGAGAUGGUCAAAGACUCCCUUAACGGGAGAACCCUGAAGCAUGAGCUUGAGAAAGGGAAUAUCUUCCUGUGUGACUACAAGAUGCUGGAUGGGCUUGUGGGAAAUGUAGUCCAUGACAGGCAGCAGUAUCUCACCGCUCCUCUGGUUCUGCUCCACUGCAACCCUCAGGGUCUGAUGCUGCCCAUCGCCAUACAGGUAAGGCAAACCCCUGGACCUGAGAACCCCAUCUUCCUGCCCACCGACUCCAACCAUGACUGGCUGCUGGCUAAGAUCUUUGUGCGGGCCGCAGAAUUCAGCGUGCAUGAGCUCGACUUCCACCUGCUGAGAACUCACCUGCUGUCUGAGGUGUUCACCAUGGCAACAUUAAGGAACUUACCCUCCAUACACCCGCUUUUCAAGCUAAUUUUUCCGCAUAUCCGGUACACACUCCACAUCAACAUCCUGGCCCGGAAUAAGCUGAUUUCUAAAGAUGGGCCGCUUUCCAAGUAUUCAGGAACAGGUGGAGAGUCAUUGCCGAAGUUGCUGCGGCGUGCCACCUCGUCCCUGACCUACAGCUCCCUCUGUCUGCCCGAGAACAUCUCUGAGAGAGGCCUGGAGGACGUCCCAAACUACUACUACAGAGAUGACGGCAUGAAACUGUGGAACAUCAUCCACAAGUAUGUCAAAGGAAUACUGACACACUACUACAAGUCUGAUGACUAUGUCCAGAGGGACACCGAGCUUCAGGAGUGGAUUUUCGACAUUUUUGUAUGUGGGUUCUUGGGGAACGACAGCACAAGAAUACCACAGUAUUUUAAAACAGUGGAAGAUCUCAUUAAGUUUGUCACCAUGGUGAUUUUCACUGCCUCAGCCCAGCAUGCUUCUGUCAAUAACGGACAGUUUGACUUUGGCGGCUGGAUGCCCAACUUUCCUAGUGCCCUGAGAAAGCCUCCUCCCAAGGAGAAAGGCCAGACCACGGAGGACACCAUCAUGGAGACCCUGCCUGACAAAGGAACAACUGUGAACAUAAUGGGCAUCCUGAAGCAACUUAGCUCGGAUUCUUUAGACCAUUAUCCCCUUGGUACCUUCCCCGAGCAAUGGUUUGUGGGAGAUGUUCCACCUAAGUUCAUUAAGCACUUCAAGAAGGACCUGGAUGAGCUGACAGCCCACAUUGAGAAGAGGAACGCUAAGCUUGAACUGCCCUACAUUUUCCUGAACCCCAAGAAUGUGGACAACAGCAUUGCCAUCUGAAAAAUAUACCUUCCAUUCUUCUUACUGUGGCAGAGCUGUUUCCCUUUAUGAAGAUGAAAAAUGAAUGAUUGAAUUACAUAAAUAUUGGAUAUGGGAAUAAUGACUUAGCCCGUAAAACAGGCAAGAGUGAAAAAAUUGUAGAGAAAAAAAAAAUAUUAGUCAUAUUAUGUUUUUAAUUUUAUGUUUUCUUUCUCAUUUUCACACUCAUUUUUGUAAUAUUUUGGAUCAACUCAUAUUUUAUGAGUUGUAUCUCCUGGGAUAUGUUGCCC